CAGCCCCCCAGAGCCCGCAGCGCUGCCGUCCCACCAUGAACCUGCUGUGCCGUGGACGCCUGAAGCUGCUGGUGGUGUCACUCACAGCGGUCGGCCUGCUCACCUGGCUCUACCUGCUCGCUGGAAACCUGGAGAAUGGUCGCUCCCUCCUCCUCGCUCCCUGCGUCGCCGACACCCCGGCAGCUCAGGUCCUAGAGCGUGCCGUUCUGGAGUCCCGAGUCCGAGAAGUGGAAGAGGAGAACCGGCAGAUCCGGCUGCAGCUCAGCCAGUCACAGGGCAUCGCCGCCGCCCAGCAGCCCGAAGGCAACUAUGGCAACCAGCAGUGGGGAGCGUCUGCAGACACGGGUCCUGAGGACGGGGACAACACAGCAGAAGAGAAGACCAAUCGCACAGAGUGUCCCAGAUUGCCAACCGUCCAGAAGUGUGAGCUGAUACACGUGGCGUGCGUUUGUGCUGGUCACAACGCCAGCAGAGACGUGGUCACACUGGUCAAAUCCAUCCUCUUUCACAGGAGAAAUCCACUUCACUUCCAUUUCAUCACCGACACAGUAGCCAAUCGUAUCCUGAGUUCUCUGUUCCAGUCCUGGAUGGUCCCGUCCGUGCAAGUCAGCUUCUACGAUGCAGAUGAACUCAAGUCUGAGGUGUCGUGGAUACCCAACAAACACUACUCAGGUAUUUAUGGCUUGAUGAAGCUGACGUUAACCAAAGCUUUGCCCUCCGACCUGUCCAACGUCAUCGUCCUAGACACGGACAUCACCUUUGCCACUGACAUCGCUGAGCUCUGGGGCAUUUUUAGGAAAUUUACAGAUAAGCAGGUGAUUGGUCUGGUGGAGAACCAGAGUGACUGGUAUCUGGGGAACUUGUGGAAAAACCACAAACCCUGGCCUGCACUGGGACGCGGCUUCAACACAGGCGUCAUUCUCCUCUACUUGGAGCGGCUGCGGCGAAUCGGUUGGGAGCAGAUGUGGCGGCUGACGGCAGAAAGGGAGCUCAUGAGCAUGCUCAGUACGUCGCUUGCAGAUCAGGACAUCUUCAACGCCUUUAUCAAGCAGAACCCGGUGCUGGUGCAUCAGCUGCCCUGCUUCUGGAACGUCCAGCUGUCGGAUCACACUCGCUCUGAGCAGUGCUACACUGAGGUGUCUGACCUUAAGGUGAUCCACUGGAACUCUCCGAAGAAGCUGCGCGUGAAGAACAAACACGUCGAGUUCUUCAGGAACCUCUACCUGACCUUUUUAGAGUAUGAUGGGAACCUGCUGAGACGGGAGCUGUUUGGCUGCCCGAGUCAGGCUGGCUCCAAGAGCAUCCAGCUGCAAACGGCUCUGGAGGAGCUGGAUGAGGACGAUCAGUGUUACGACUUCCGUCGGGAGCGGCUCACUAUUCACCGCGUGCACCUCUACUUCCUGCAAUACCAGUACACACCUACAGAGGAUGACACUGACAUCACACUGGUGGCACAGCUCUCCAUGGACAGGCUGCAGAUGCUGGAGGCCAUCUGUAAGCACUGGGAGGGCCCCAUCAGCUUGGCGCUCUACAUGUCUGACGCUGAGGCUCAGCAGUUCCUGCGCUACGCUCAGGCGUCCGAGGUCCUCAAGAACCGCAAGAACAUCGGCUACCACAUUGUCUACAAGGAGGGACAAUUCUACCCGGUCAACCUGGUUAGGAACAUCGCCCUAAAAAACGCCAACACGCCGUAUGUGUUCCUGACUGAUGUGGAUUUCCUGCCAAUGUACGGUCUCUAUGAUUACCUCAGAAAGUCUGUGGUGCAGCUUGAUAUGGCUCACACUAAAAAGGCUCUCGUGGUUCCGGCUUUCGAGACACUUCGUUACCGUCUCUCCUUCCCCAAAUCCAAAGCUGAGCUGCUCUCCAUGCUGGACAUGGGGACCCUCUACACCUUCAGGUAUCAUGUGUGGCCCAAGGGUCACGCUCCUACCAACUAUGCCAAAUGGCGAACAGCCACCACCCCCUAUAAGGUGGAGUGGGAGUCGGACUUUGAACCAUAUGUUGUGGUGAGACGAGACUGCCCGGAAUAUGACCAGCGAUUCGUGGGCUUUGGCUGGAACAAGGUGUCCCAUAUCAUGGAGCUAGAUGCACAGGAGUUUGAUCUGAUGGUCCUCCCCAAUGCUUUCAUGAUCCACAUGCCGCACGCUCCCAGCUUUGACAUCUCCAAAUUUCGCUCCAGCUCCAGCUACCGCAACUGUCUGAACACCCUGAAGGACGAGUUUCACCAAGACCUGUCUAGGAAGUACGGCUCGGCUGCUCUCAAGUACCUCACCGCUCAGAGGAACAUUUAAAAGCUGCUGAGUAAGGCUUCCAUUGACGCCUCCCUGAGCGCUGGACCAAUGAGCUGCAGUACAGGAGGUCUGGCUCAUACUGACAAAGCUCUGCGUGGCAGGCCAUAAUGAUGCAGAGAUGAGAACUUUGACAUGACGAAGGGGAAGAUAGACUUUCUAAAUGUAGAACUUACCAGAUGGACAAGAGUGGAGUGUGGGUUCAGACUGGACAAGCUUUAUAGCCGGAAAAUAACCUUAUUCUUACAAUUUGUUCUGACAAUCAGGGCUUUUUCCAGAAGACAUAAACCUGUCCUUCCAUGGGGACAUAUGGACAUUCAACUCAAAAAAAAAAACUAAGAGAGAAUGACAGUGUGAGCCUGUUGACCUGGAGAAAGAUUUAAGCCUUAUCGCUUUUCAUAUGUCAUGACUUUCCCUUUUUUCUAGCGUAAAUUAAAACCAAUGAACAGCAAACAUUUUGAUUACGACUUUACAUGAGAAUCAUUCUUUUUUUUUCCUCUCUAUCUUUUGUUCUCUGACUCCUGAAAAUCCAUUGUGUGUGUAUGUGUGUGUGCGUGCACGCCUCGUUUAUUGUCAGAAUAAUUUUUGCUUUCGUCUUGAUCAUAUAUGUGCAUGUCAACAGUUGGACUUUUUUUUCUAAUCCUCCUGAAAGAAGCAAAGGUCUCGACAAUGAGAACAUUAACAGACAUAUAUAUGCGUACAUAUGUGUUUAUACAUAUAUGAUAGGGACCAACUCACGUGACCAACACUAACAUCUGACAGUGAGUUGCUUAUCGAUGAAGCAUUCAGCUUUAAAUGAAACUCCACAUGGUGACGAGGCAUUUUUAUGUAGCAUCUCAUACUGUCUGACUCACUGUUUAUAUGUGUCUUCUACUGAACUACAUUACCCACAACACCCUUGUUUUUUUUUUUUGUUUUUUUUUUAAAUCCAGCUGAAAUUGCACAACUUGAGUACACAGGACUUCAAGUCUUGGUGGAAGUUAAGUUUUACAAUCAUUUUAGUGUUUUAUAGCAUCUUAUAAACAUUAAAUACAUGUACAUGGAGGUGGCAGAGUUUCCCAAUGGUUUUAGAGUUACUUUGAGAUGUCAUGUAUCAUCAUUAAAAAAAAGAAUCUUUAAAAACACAAUUUAAUUCUAGUGAAAAUAUGUUAGCAUAUAGCAUAGGAAUUUCUCCAAUCUCUCACACACAGAUGACUCGAGCUACAGUUGUAGCCCAACCAUGCUGUUCACUUGUCGCAGUUUACAAGCAAAAAAACGAUUUAUAUCCGCUAGGAGGUUAAAAUUACCCCUUUAGCUUGUUUUAAAGGGUAGUUUCCUGGUUUAGCGUGCAGCUAGUUGUUAGCAAGCUGACAGAACAUAAAAUUAGGCUCUUCCUCAGUCUCCCCCCCCCAAAAAAAACAAACCAACCUAAAUUUCGCCAUAUUUUUGUCACUGUUGUCUUAUUCUUUGAUAUACCGGCUUCUUAUCUUAUUUCCGGGUGUUAGCUUGGGUGAAUCUGGGUGUUAUUCCACUUUCAGUAGGACUAACAUGUUUACAUGUAUUUUAAAGUCCUGCCCCUCAUGUUGCCCGUCACGCUGUAAACGGUGUACGGUGGAAAAUGAAAGAGUCUUGGCCUCAGACGCCUGUCGCCUCCACCAGAAGCUCCAAAAUAUUGGCUGCUGCCCCUGAGGUUGAUUUGUCAUCAGACGAUAACGCCAUUUGGCUCUAGGCAAGAGAUGCCUAACUUACAAAGCUACUAAAGAAAAAUGUGUAUUUCCAUUUCAGUUGGACCUUUGUUUUUCAUUGUUCCAGUUCGGUUGUUUUCUUACGUGUUCUGUCUGCCCAGCAUUUCAUCCUAAUUCAACAAUCUGAGCGACUGACUAUGUGGCUGUUCAAGUGUGGAAGAUGAUUUCUAAUGAUUUUGAAUCUUAUUCAUGAUCUUUUAAUGACCAAGCUCUUUGUGCCCUGAUGAGUGUCAGUACCUGAAAACCCGGAGGUUGACCAUGUUGUCGUCCUCACCACAAGACAGGCAGGCUUACCUUUUGACUUUUUUUUAGCUUCAACAUGGGGGCAGAUAAAAGAGGAAUUGGGGACAGGUCAUUGUAGCCUCUCAGGACCACCAGCAGAGCUUUAAAUUCACUUUGUGAUUAAUCAGCAUUUAGUUUUUCGUAAAUUCUCUUGAUUUUUUUUGCAUCUCAGUGUCACUUUAUUUCUUAGUCCCUGCCUGCAUUUGGAGAAACUGCACCUAGAGAGGAAACAAUUUAGGUUUGGUUAGUUAGUUGAGACUUAAGGCGGGAGGGUGAGUGAUAACAUACGUGACUGCAGAUGGCAUCUGUGGCCUGGAGAGCCCACCUCCCCCCGCUACCAUCCGCGCCACCUCCAUUGACUUGUUGUUGAUUGUGGUAAAUGCUAGUGCCUUUGCUGUAUUGUGAAACUGGAUAUUGAUUGUACUGUUGGACUGACAGGGCCUGGGGACAGUCAGGCACUCUAUUUAUUACUGGUGACUCAAAUCCCUCAUAUUUUUCUAUGUAAGUGCUUUAAAUAAAUUUGCCCUUUUCAA